AUGAUUGCUCACUGUGGAGAUGAUGCAGAGUCUACGGAAUUAAGGCCCAACAAGUACACCUCAAACAUUCUCAAGGACUACAUUGGCUUCAAAAGCUCCCAUUCCAAAGACUCAAUGGAGAAGUUCUCCGGAAAAUCAUUUUCAGGAAAAUCAAAAGGCCAUUCAUUUGGCAGUUUUGUUCACGAUAGCCCUCGUACUGAGUUUAUUGGUAUCCGCAAGUUUGCCAGAAACCAUAUGAGACCACCAUUUUCAAGAGAUACAAACAGUUCCUCCCACGAAACAACAUCCACAGAUUUCAAUGAUGCCACACUGAGCAAAGGCCGCGAUAAUUCUUCCUGGAGGUUCUUUCCUGGUGCCUCUCAGCGGGGUCUUGCGUACGAUGACUUCAAAUCGGCUCAAGGCCCCAAGACUCAAACGCUGGACAACCUUGAAAAGACCAGCACUUGCCAGUUUGAUACUAUGGUGGGAUUUGGUGAGUCAAGCACAUCGAAAUGCGAGAAACGCUUUCUUCGGUUCAACAGCAACAUUCAAAACCUUCCAGAUCAAGUGGCUGCUUGUCCUAAUCCUCCUAAAGACAUCCCCAGAAGAGUGGUGAGCCUGUACAGUCUCCCAGAGAAGGCCAGCCUCAGCUGUAUUUUGGCACAGGUACGGGGUGGCCCACUGGAGCGUAUUGGUGUUAGAUAUGGGAGUGGUGAUGUUAUGGAUGAUGAACCUGUGGAUUGGUCUUCAGCUAUUGUGGACUUGCACUUUUGGAGGCCCACAGAUGCCGAUGCCUUCAUGGAGUAUGCUACCACUGGUAUGUUCAUGAUCAAUGGAAAACAUGUUAAAGCUGAAUGGGGAGCCACAACUGUCGAUCAAGAGAGCUCGGAGUCUACAGGAUCAGCAUUGGAGCUCAUGGCUGACAGUGGAGCGCGCCGCACGUUGAUUUUCAAGAAACUUAUCCAACGCAAAAUCUCCAAACAUGCUCUCAAUGUGUCCUCCAGAGGAUAUCCAUCUCCUACAUCACAUCUCUCAACAGACUUUGACAUUGAUGAGGUGGUUAAGGACUUUCAACAGUAUGGGGAAAUCGUGGAGAUAGCGCCUGUCAUCUCACGCAAGCUCUGUUUCGCAGUGCAAUUUAACGACGUGAGGGCGGCAAUUAUGGCCAAAUAUGAUUGUGAGAAUGUGGAAUCUACCAACGAGUAUUCUCCCCUCUUUGACAAAUACAAAAAAUGGAACGUUUGGUACGGGAAAGAUCCAGCUGAUAAGCCCUGUUACCCAAAGUGCGUGUGA